AUGCUUUUUGGGGUGGCCCAGAUGUCACAGAUGUGUGUCUGCUGGGUGACAGCUCCGGGCGGCCAGUGCUGGUGGAGCAGUGUCUGUUGGCGCAGAUCGGCAAGCCCAAGCAGAACGACGAUGUCCUUCCUCAACCGAGUCGGCAUCGGAUCAAACAAGCUCACCACCAACAGCAACAGCAACAGCAACAGCAACAGCAGCGGGAACACCGCCAGCGGAAGCGCCAGCGCCGCCAAGCCGAGCUCAGCAGUCUCCCCAGCAGCCGCCUCCUCCCCGCAAACAGCCACCAACAAAUCCCCCACCUCGCCCGUCGUCGCCUCCAACCCCGCCGACCCCGCCCACCAGAACCUGCACAGCAGCCUCAGCAACCUCUCCCUCGGCGGCCAGCCCCGCGCGAUCACCCCCUGUGCGCCCUCCGGAAAGGCCCUCUACCUCUGCAACCCCUUCGUCAAGGCCGCGCUCGUCAAGGGAAGCUUCCGCACAAUCGUCUCCUUGCCCAGAUACUGCGACGUCAACGAGUGGGUGGCAGUCAACCUGGUCGACUUCUUCAACUCGCUCAACUUGAUCCUCUCUCUGACGACCGAAUCCUGCAAUGCCAACGUCUGUCCGACGAUGUCUUCCGGGCCAGGGAUGGAUUACACGUGGACUAGUAUGACGGGAGGGACGAAGAAGCAGGUCAAAGUCCCUGCGCCCCAAUACAUCGAUUACGUGAUGACGUGGGCCGAGAAGCUGCUCGCCGACGAGGCCACCUUCCCCACCAAAGCCGGCCGCGAGUUCAACCCGAACACCUUCCCGUCGUCGGCCCGGCACCUCUACACCCAGUUCCUGCGCAUCUUCGCCCAUCUCUACCAUGCCCAUUUCGACCAUUUCGUCCACUUGUCUUCCGAAGGCCACGUUAAUUCCUUGUUCGCUCACUUCUUGCAAUUCGGAGUCGAGUUUGAUCUCAUCGAUCCCAAGGAAUUGAGAGCGCCUAAAGAAGGCUCCCCUUUUGUUGUCGGCGACUUACUGGAUGCAUGGAAAAAUAUGGGCAUCUUGACCUGCUGA